AAGGCUCUUUCUUUCAUAUUCAUAGUCAACAUAAGUCUUCAUUUUCUCACAACACAAGACAUCGUUGUUGUUUGUUACUUCUUCUUCCUCUGUUUCAAACCACAACAUGACUUCAAUCUCACAAGGUCUUGUUUUAACCACAGCCAUGGUUGUUUCAACUACCGUUCUUUAUCUUACUUUCUGCAAACAAAAAAAUUCAUCAACAUUUCAAUUUCAUGAAACACCCAAUUCAGAAAACAAACCUAUUCUACGAUCUUGCUUAUACACAGAGGAAAAGAAGAGAGAAAAAAGAAGGAACAAGAAGAAAGUGAAAUUUUCAGAAAAUGUGAUGGUGAAGGAAUUUAGAGAAAAACCGGGGAAGAAAAACAGAGUAUCAAUUAAUGAAUGCAGAAAUGAAAUUCCAGAAACAAAAGCAAUGCCAGCAAAUAGAGUUGCUUUGUACAAUGGAAUUUUAAGAGAUAGAGUUCAAAGAAUGGGGUGUUGUCAUUGAUCAUCUUGGUUAUGGAACUUAGAACAUGGAAAAGAAUUUUUAUGGUGUAGAACAUGGGAGGUUAGAACAAUAAGAAAUUAGAAGAUGGUAAAAAAUUAAAUCUUUUUCUUUUCAAUAUUUGUUUAUUUUUUUUAGGUGGGUGCGUUGGAAACAAUAUUUGAAGUCCUAAUUGAUCAAAAAAAAGGUUGUGAAUUAUGGUGGAAAGGGGUAUUCUUGUGAAGGAGAAAAAGUUUGAGAAAAAUCUAAUGUAUUCUUGUGGUUGUAAAUAGUUGCUUGACUAUGUCCAACUCUUGGCAAUUUUAAGAGUGAAAUUAAUUGAAACAAUUUCAUAGUUUGAUUUUUU